CGGUGCGUCACCGUUGCUGGGAAAGGACACAGUCUGACUCAGUGGGAACAUCCGGCAGGAAGGGAGGAGGGUACACAGUAGCAUUUGCAAGCAGGACGGGAACUGGGAGCUGUGCUGCGGAGAUGGGGUGUGGGGCCAGGGGGGAAAGCCUGGACAGCAAAGGGGCUGAGGAUGAUGGCAAGAAAACACAGAGACAGGAGGCAAUGGUGAGGGAAAAGAGCUGAGCUGGUCAGUCAGGGACCUCAUUCAAGGCCUAUGUCCUCAUAAGUACUGAAGCUGACCUAGGCACCCCUGGGCUGAGAGACUGGCCUCGGCUGUGCAAGGACUGCUAGGGAAGGAGCCCGUGUCCUUUCUGGGGAUCCGAGGGUCUGGAAAGGUCCUCCCUGGAGUACAAGACAGAGAAGGGUCCUGACUGCUCCUGAGUGGAAAUGUUAGGGACCCCAGAGAAAGGCCAUCUCAGCCUUGGUAAGGGGCUGGUGACCCAGAGAGUUAGGCCUUCAGGAGUGGUCGUGCUCGGAGUGCAGAGAAACCAUGUUCAACCUCAGGGACCAGAUGACGGGGAGGGGCUUUUGAGGUCUGUGAUGGUGUGUGCCGGCUGGGGAAGAGGGUUCUUCACGCUUGGCUAAUGACUUAAGCCUCUGCUGAUUGGACAGCCAGUAGGAGAGCGGAGGAAUGCCUGAGGUGAGGCCCUCAGGGUGUGGAGCCUGCAUCCCUUGCCUUUUCUCCUAUCGUGAGGGUGAAGGCCUCGGCGGGCCUCCCAUUCUGCUGCAGGCAAAUACAGGCAGGGGUCUUCCCGGGGUUCAGGACCACAGGUUAAGGUGGGCCCUGGGUGCCCAGGCCUCCUGUGUGGGGACACUGAGGCAGGGCAGGGAGAGGUGUUAGACAAGACCAGCUGGCUGCUGGUGCCCUGGUCCUCGCCCUCUGAGAGUGGAAGGGUGGGGGUGGCGGCUGGCCAGACGUUCCUGGCUGGGAGCCCAGAGCACUCUCUGGUAAUCACAACAUGAUCUCUUGUGCUGAGCAGAGAAGCUGAAGCCGGCAGGGAGAGGCAGACAGGCCCGGCUCUGGUGGCUCCAGCUUCCCUCCAGCUCUGGCUCCCGGGGCUGCUUUGGAAUCCUCUCAGUGACUGCUAUUUCCAUGAACUUGGCUGGACCUCACAGAGCUGAGUCCACAAUGCGCAGGCACGAGGACAAAGACGCCGAGCUGGACCGCAGGAUAGCUGCCCUGCGCAAGAAGAACCAGGCCUUACUGCGCAGGUACCAGGAGAUCGAGGAAGAUCGUCGCCAGGCAGAGCAGGAGGGCAUGGCUGUGACCACACCAGGGCUCUUCCAACCUGACAGCCUCACAGUGACCAUCAGCCAGGUUCCUGGUGAGAAGAGGGUGGUCAGCAGGAACUGGGCCAGGGUGCCCCCUGGAAGGAUUGAUGCACUGACAGAUGACAAUGCUGCCGCCUCGAUGGGCACUUUCUGCAUGGGGGACCGGGUGGAACUAGCUGUCACCAUGGAAAACAAAGCCAGGGCCAAACGGAUCGUGAGUGAAAAACCCACCACCCAAGCAAGGACCCCAAGGGCAAAGGGGACAUCUGGAGGAGUCCGGGGCCAGAGCUCUCCCCUGCAGAUGGGUUUCAGCCCAGAUUCAGCAGGGAAGGGCGGUCUGGAGCCCCGGAGUCCAGGCGUGUCCCCAGGCCCACCUCCCCAACAGCCUGUGGGACUCCCCCCAGAGGCCAACUGGGACUACAAGCACUGGAAGCAGGAGCGAGGGCAGAUUGACCUGGCCCGUCUUACCAGGCACAAAAAUGCACAGGGUGACUGGAGCCGCCCGUGGGACCUGGAUAAAGCCAAGUCCAUGCCACAGAACUGCAGCAAGCCUAGAGAUAAGAACUGGACCCCAGGCAGAAAGGGUCCUAGGACCCAUCAGAAGCUACAGCCCCCACCACCAUCCAUGGAUGGAAAGCGUCGGGGUGAACAAUCUGGAAGACCCUCGGUGACACCCACCAUAGGCAGCAAAGCCCAGGGGAAGGAGAGGCUGACUGGCAGAGCCCGAAGGUGUGGCCUGAAAGAAGACGAGAAGCUGCAGAGCCAGGAGGGAAGUCAGAGCACCACGAAGACUCCCAGUACAGAGGAAGAGCAUGAACAAAAGCAGAAUGAAAUGGAACCAGGCAGACAGGAGACCAUCCCUGCCAUCAGUCCAGCUCUGGCCUCCCCAGAGGGACUUAAAGAGGAGUCAGGAACCUCUACUACCGUCAGUGUGGCCCUAGACACCCCACAAAAUUCUGAUUUGGCUCCCCUUGACCUCUCUCUAGGAGGAGCUAGCAGCCCCAAGCCUGAAAAAAGUACAUGUAGACUCAGUACAAGGUGUGGGGUUCCAGAAAGUCCAGUACCACGGCCAAAUGGUUCUGAGCAGCAGACCUUGGCAAGGAAUGACCACCAGUCUGGGUUGGCAGGCUGCAUUGAUACUGAGCCACUGAAAGAAGCAGAGGCCUCGGAGUCCAAAGAGGACCAGGCAGGUAAAGCUGGGGCCCAGCAGAACCUGGCACUGAGAAGCAGGGCCCCCAGAGGAACUGGCCAAAGGGCAAGAGGCACAAGUAGAAGAACUGGGGCAGGAGGCCCUGGCCCUGCAGGAAGCUGCUGAGCAAAGCUCAUGGGAGUUGGGGAGCCAGGCUGUGGAGGAGAGAACUCAAUCAAGAACCUUCUAUGGGACAGGGGUCUGGCUGCUUGUGGCUUGUACCUUUGUGGUCGAGCAGUGUGGCAAAAUUCCGCAGGGGCACCGCGUGAGGGCCUCCUAUGCACAUCUCUCUACGCAAGUGGGCUUUUCCAUAUGGGCAAGGACCCUGGCACAUUUGCCACACUGGGCUCUCUUGUCCAAGGAUGGUAUCCCUGGCCUGGGCCUAUUGCUACCUAGGAUAGGGCCCUUCCCACAAAGCAAGAGUUGGUAGUACCCCAGAAUGUGGGUCUCCUGGCUCCUUGUCAUUCCACAUUGCCAGGUCUCCCCGCCCAGUCAGAGCUUUCGAGUUCCUCAGCUUUAGGCAGUCUCAGUGCUGGUGUGGCCAGCCCAGCCCCUUUCUGAUACCCAUGCCUGCAUCCAGGUGACUCACAGUCCUGGCCUUCCAAGAUGGCCAAACUGGGAUUUCAACAAUUGCCCAAGGCCCAUAAAAAGUGGGUUGGGGCUCAUGGCUGUCAGGAACAAGGUUGGAGUGGAAGGCUUCUUGAGGGAAGAGAGGCAUCGGAGGGCCUCUUCUUUGAUCUGGGCUAGGCUUCUCUUGUCUGUGGCCACAGGUGAAUGGGAGAGUUCACUGGCAGGUACUGAGUCUGCCUCUUCUAUAUGCAGAUCAGACAUCGUGGGCACCCUGAAUGGACCCUGCAGACAGGGCCAUUUCCUUCCUUCCUCCCUCCCUCCCUCCCUCCCUCCUUCCUUCCUUCCUUCCUUCCUUCUGCAUUUCCCCUCACCAGGGCUGUGCAGAAGCCAGCACAUAGGCGGAGACAGAGGAACAGCAACCUCAGCUCAGUACGACACCGGGAUGUGUUGUUCUCGCUCCGUCUCCAUCCAGGCCCCUCCCACAGGGCCCACGUCUGGUGAAUUAUCCAGACUCUGCACAAGCUGUGGCUUCCUUUCAAUACAACAAACAUUUCCUGAGCAUCUUCUCCCAGUGAUCCAGUCAGUGGGCGAGGGCAACUCUGCCAGCAGGAGGGAGGGAAGGAGCUCAGUCAUCGACAGCUCCAGGCUGAAUGGCAAGUGCUGUUCUCUGUAGAUGCCUGGCAGCCUUGGGUAUGACGAGGGUAGCAGCCUGAGAGAGCCACCCCACCUUUGCUUCCCUCUUUUGAUAUGGCCUGUGCCCUUGCUCCCAGGCCCUCAUCUGGAUAGCACCAUGCAGCCCCUCCCCUUUUUUCUCUACAGGGUGUGUGUGUGUGUGUGUGUGUGUGUGUGUGUGUGUGUGUGUAUGUGGUGGGGGUCUCACAACAAUCCUCUGAAACUCUAGGGAAAGCCCACACCAUCUCCAUCUUUACACGUGUGGCCUGAAACCUGGGCUCCAGUCUUGGCCUUCCUUCCUGGCUCUUGGGUCUAUUGCCUCUACUCAGGCAGUGUGAAUCUUCAAAGCAGGUCAUGUUGUUUAGAGACUUCUCGUACUCCGUGUGCAGGUUAAACCCAGGGGGUCUGGGGAAGGUCUGGGUGUUUGCUUUUCUAGUAAGUCCCAGGUGAGGGAGGCUGCUCUUUUUGGCCUGAAGCACCCUUCGAGGAGUCGGGUUCUGGAGUGGAGUGUGUGAAGAAUUCAGGUUAGAGUGAAGUCUACACUCUAAGGCCAGUUGCUGGCAAUGCAGGACCUAGGGGAGUGCUGGCCCUGCCGAGCAGAAGAGGCUUCCUGGCUUCUGAGGCUCCUGCAGAAGAACCUUUGGGCAGUGGGUAGUGGAGUCUGCUCUACAGUGGAUGAAAACGAAGCUGGCUAGGGAGGGAUGUGACAGGAUGAGGCGGGCAGGAGGGUCAGAGGAAGUUUGGAGAGGCAGAAAAACAUUCUUGUACAUGUGAGACAUGCCUGGGCCAGAAUGAAGGAUCCAAAUUCAAGUUUUUAUCCUGCCUUCCAGUCUCAAGUCUAGGUCUUUGGAGUGUGACACGGGCCCUGGAGUUCAUGACUCCUAAGAGAUAGGACUGGAACAGAGCAGGUUCAGGCAGAGUUCUUGAAUUCAGAUACUGCAAAGAAAUGAUGGUAAUCAAGAAUUCGAAUUCUUGGCUAGGGGUGCAGGUUGGGAGAGUUCAUUCUCAGCAUAUGUGAGGCCCUAGGUUCAAUCUCUAGGAUCCUCAAGACAGAGAGAGAGAGAGAGAGAGAG